CUCAUCCCUUGAUUGAUCAGUUUGCAUGCAAACACAGCCCUGAAUCUCAUCGAAAUCAUGAAGCCUGUGGCCAUUCUUCUCGCCCUUGCCAGUACAGCCUUUACAGUGUCGGCUGGUGGUCUGCCCCGUUUUGCGAAAUGUACCGCUCCUUCGCAGUGCAUAUCUAGCUUUUGCGCCAACAUGCCUGGUGCAAACUGCGACGAAAACCCCAACUGCCAUGAUAGGGUAUGCUGGGGUGCUCCAGUGAACUCUUUGUGUUCGAAUGACUGGGAAUGCAACUCCAACCAUUGCAAAGGAGGAAGAUGCUAUGACUGCCGUGAUCCUCGCAACAACGCCAGGGCCGCACCCCCGUACCUCUCUAUAGGCUCGGAUUCGCAGAUCAAUGCUGCGAGUCACAGUGUCGAGCAAACGUUCAGGGGAAUAUGCAAUGCAUUAAUAAUAUGGUGA